ACAAAGCGGACAAAAUUAACAUGGAAAGUUAAGUUCAACGUUAACAUUAAAUCCACGCGCGACUAGUUAAAACUUAAAACCCUAGCUUUGUCCACUUUAUCAACUUGCACACUUGAUUUUCUUACAGACACUGAUAAAAGGUCCCGGCACUGAAACAGGAGAGAAAUGGCUCAGUUACAAGCCCUGUCGUCUUGUUCAUCUCUCAAGCUUCUUGCCUCUCAACCCAGACGAGAAUUGUCCUGUCGUGGUGACAAGAAGCUAUCUUUGUUCCAAGAGUUGGGCGGAAAAGUGAGUGAGUUUCGGGGGAAUGUUAAUGUUUCCGGCAGCACUACCAAAACUCAUACUCUCUCGUGCAACCGGCAAAGCAUUCAAGCUGUUUUGACUAGUGAUAAAGAGACAGAGACAAAACCACUGCGUGGAAAAUUGAAUAAAGUGGUUCUUGCAUAUAGUGGUGGCCUUGAUACUUCAGUUAUUGUGCCUUGGUUAAGGGAAAAUUAUGGUUGUGAGGUCGUUUGCUUUACUGCAGAUGUCGGACAAGGCAUCAAGGAACUGGAAGGUUUGGAAGCAAAGGCCAAGGCGAGUGGGGCUUGUCAGUUAGUGGUAAAGGAUUUGCAAGAAGAAUUUGUGAGAGAUUAUGUAUUUCCCUGCUUGCGUGCUGGUGCAGUCUAUGAACGGAAGUACUUGUUAGGAACUUCGAUGGCUCGUCCAGUAAUUGCCAAGGCUAUGGUUGAUGUGGCCCGAGAGGUUGGAGCUGAUGCUGUUUCUCAUGGAUGCACAGGAAAGGGAAAUGAUCAGGUGCGUUUUGAGCUCACUUUCUUUGCUCUAAAUCCUGAACUCAGUGUUGUGGCUCCUUGGAGGGAAUGGGACAUACAAGGCAGAGAAGAUGCUAUAGAAUAUGCAAAGAAACACAAUGUGCCUGUCCCAGUGACAAAGAAAUCCAUUUACAGCAGAGACAGGAACCUGUGGCAUCUCAGUCAUGAGGGAGACAUUUUGGAAGAUCCAGCGAAUGAGCCAAAGAAGGACAUGUACAUGAUGAGUGUUGAUCCAGAAGAUGCGCCCAAUCAACCUGAAUAUAUAAAAAUUGGUAUCGUUUCGGGACUCCCUGUCUCACUUAAUGGAGAAGAUCUUUCCCCUGCAUCUUUGCUUUCCAAGUUGAAUGACAUAGGAGGGAAACAUGGAAUUGGUCGUAUAGACAUGGUUGAAAAUAGGCUUGUUGGUAUGAAAAGUCGUGGAGUUUAUGAGACGCCAGGCGGAACCAUUCUCUCUGCUGCUGUUCGAGAACUUGAGUCUCUAACACUCGAUCGUGAAUCAAUGCAAUUCAAAGACAUGGCUGCACUCAAAUAUGCUGAGCUAGUGUAUGCUGGGAGAUGGUUCGACCCUCUCCGUGAGUCUCUGGAUAAGUUUAUGGAGGAGAUUACAGCAACAACCACCGGAUCAGUGACGCUUAAGUUGUACAAAGGAUCAGUAAGUGUAACAGGCCGGACAAGUCCAUACAGUCUUUACAGGGAAGACAUUUCGUCGUUUGAGAGUGGGAAUAUCUAUGAUCAGGCUGAUGCUGCUGGUUUCAUAAAACUUUAUGGCCUGCCAAUGAAGGUCCGCGCCAUGCUUGAGAAGGGUAUUUAAUUUUGUCAUUUCAUGGUAUGAGUUUAGUAGCGGUGAUGAUGAUGACUCUUUCAUGCUCCUAAAGUUUCUCUCCUUUUACCUUUGUAAUUUGUAGAAUUGAAUAACCUGGCAACUCAUGUUGAAUAAUUGUGCAAUUAUAAAUGCAACCCCCGUCUUUCCAACAACCA